AUGAACAGGCUCAUGAUUGAAAGUUUCCUCCCCAUUAACCAACAGUGGCUGUCGGAUUACAGCCUACUAGGACAAGGUUUUCUGCUUAUACAUGUUCUCAAGCCACCGCCGACUGAUUUCGACAACCUGCGUAAACACCCGAACAAGUUGGUAGAUAAACUUUAUUGGUUAAAACCUGGGAGGGAUACAGCCAUUAUUAGGGAGUUGAUCGUUCAUCGGCGAAUUCUGCUGCGCCAAGGCUCCACGACUGCAACUGACGACCUGCCGUCAGUUAUCGAGGAAGCUGCACCGCAACCCAAGUGUCGGUCUAGGGACAUAGACUCGGGCUUUUGUGUGUUUUGUGACCAGCCAUCUAGCGCCAGUAGCCGCUGGUGUGCAGGGGAUCGCGCAUCAUAUCAUUUUGACUGUUAUGAUGAUGAAACUUACAGGCUGUACAAUGACACUGUGGACUUUUCUCAAAGUUACAAACGCCUCCUGACCAUCGGCACGAUGGGUGUGACAACCUACAACAAGGAUACUUUGAGAGUUACAAACCAGUGGCCCUACUCAGAAAUUUGUGGCGUACGCCCCGAUCCGACGGUCAAGAACAAUCAGCCUCAUUUGCAGCGACUGAUUCUCACCCUAUGCGAUGCGAAUCGCAAACGGACUGAGAUGACCUUUGCUUCGGAGUACCGGGUUGAUGUCCUGACCGAUUUUCUGGAUGGCAGCACCACCAGCCAUAUGGUUAUCGAUAACCACCUUGACGACACUGAGGGAGGUGCGGUAGCACGCUGCAAUUCAAAGGAUUUGACGGAUGAUACCAAAACCUCACACUGGCCGGCUGGUGGCUUGCAACAGGUCACACUACACGUUCGCCUAUUCCCUCGCGUCCGCAUGAUCGGCGCUAAACGUUUUUUGCGCGCAGUACCACAUUCAACUCGGUGUAAACCGCCUGUAGCUCUGCAGACGCGCACUGAUUUGGCUACUGUUGAUCGGCAAAUCCGUUUCAGAUGUUAG